CUCUUUGAUCAAUGCGGCGUAGUAUGCUCUCUGAAAGUCAUUUUGUAGAACCUGCACAGAUCCGGUGACCUUGGCUAAAACAAAAGUGGACGAAGCUUUCUCUGUGGUACACAAUGGCACCUCCAACAUAUGCUGACCUUGGAAAAUCAGCAAGAGACCUGUUCUCCAAGGGAUUUAAUUUUGGAUUCCACAAACUAGAAGUUACAACCAAAACCGACAGUGGUGUCAAGUUCACAACUAAGGGAAGCCACAGCAAAGAAACUGAUAGAAUCUCGGGAGAACUUAAUACAGAAUAUAAAUAUAAUGAGUAUGGUUUGACUUUUAAGGAGACCUGGACCACAGAAAAUAAGCUGUCCACUGAAGUUACCAUUGAAGAUCAACUAGCAAAGGGAUUUAAACUCACCUUUGAUACAGCAUUUGAGCCACAAACUUCAAAGAAGAGUGGACAGGUGAAAACUGGAUACAAGAACGACUAUGUGAACUUUACUGGAGACUGUGACUUCAACUUUGCUGGACCAACAAUCAAUGGAGCCCUCGUUCUUGGGUACAACAACUGGUUGGCAGGAUACCAGAUGGCAUUUGACACCAGUAAGAGCAAGCUGACAAAGAAUAACUUUGGCCUCGGCUACACCGCUGGUGAUCUAGCCAUCAAUGCUAAUGUAAAUGACCUUCAGGAGUUCCAGAGCUCCAUCCACAACAGGGUGAAUUCUGACCUUGACCUCGGCAUCCAGAUGUCCUGGACACAGGGAACAAACGCCACCUCUCUUGGCCUUGCUGCCAAGUAUGCUCUUGAUAGGAACUCUGCCAUCAAUGCUAAAGUCAACAACAAAGGACAGCUGGGACUUGGAUACUCACAGAACAUCAGACCUGGAGUGAAGCUUACCCUGUCCACACUCCUGGAUGGAUUGAACGCUGGAGGCCGCAAGAUCGGUGUUGGACUUGAGUUCAACAAUUAACUGUUGCCAUCUUAAUGCCCACUUCCAGGCUGCAGGCAGUGGCAUAGUGCGUACGGACUAGGAAGUGUCAUCAUGUUGUUAUUGAAAUGCACGGUGUUGCAAAUGUGGAAUAGGUGUUGUAAUCAAGUACUGGGUUUAAGAAUGUGAUGUUAGACAUUUUCAGGCAAUUUGUGAAUUUUUGUUGUAUUGAGGCAAAUUAAAAAUUAAUAAUGAAUUAAAUUAAAAAAAAUAUCUAUGGAAAUAGUCUCACAGUUAGUUUGUCCAAAUAUUGAUUAACACGUUUGUUAGGAAUUUAAUACUGUUCAGCUCGAUGUACCAAAUCAUAAGUGCUCUUCAUUGUUUACGCAGUGUUUUUCAGUGUUGUUAAGUAUUUUUCACUAGAUUAUUUGAUAAGCUUGUUUGCUAUAUGUUUCAUUUAUGCAAUGUUUUAUCAUGUAUGCACAGUCCUUAGUACUCAUACCGUGUAACUGUUAUUGUAUAUAUUAUAUACAUCAUAGGUGUCUAUUGUGUAUCAUUGUAUUAAUUUCAUUUUCACCGUGCAUUGGAGUCUUCAUACUGUGUGCCACUGUCCGCUUUAAACUUUCAAGAAAUGGAAGACUAACAAGCCAUUACUGUGUUUUAUUCUGCCCCUUGACACUAACAUCGGUCUUGGAGUUUUAGAUUUAAUACCUUGCUUUGUAAAUUCCUGUAUUCUUUGGAAUAAAUUAUUGGAUGUGAA